AUGGUAAGUGGAACGGGCCCAGUACCGAAUCAGGCCGACACGGUCACAUUCUGGCGCAGCCUGUGGUCAGAGCCCGUAAACCACAACGAGGGCCCUUGGAUGGAAGUUGUGGCGAGUCAGUGUGCGAGUAUUACGCCCAUGGACCCCGUCACCAUAACGCCGGAUGACGUAGCUGAGGCGGUCCGUAGGGCCCCGAACUGGAAAAGUGCGGGCUGCAUCACUACUGCUGAAGGGGUUCGUGGUGUGACACACUGUGCUCGCCCGACAGUUUCAAGAGGUUCUCGACCAGAAGUCGCUCCCGAGCCUCUUCACUACUGGGGUCACCCAUUUGGUUCCUAA